UCGCUACUCGCUCCUCCCCCCGAGCACUCUGGCGAAGUGUAAAAAUGGCGUCCAUCAUGGAGGGGCCGCUGAGCAAAUGGACUAAUGUCAUGAAGGGAUGGCAGUACCGGUGGUUCGUGCUGGACUAUAAUGCCGGGUUAUUGUCAUAUUACACCUCCAAGGACAAGAUGAUGCGGGGCUCUAGAAGAGGCUGUGUGCGACUCAGGGGAGCUGUGAUUGGAAUCGAUGAUGAGGACGACAGCACGUUCACCAUUACUGUGGAUCAGAAGACUUUCCAUUUUCAGGCCCGUGAUGCUGAUGAGCGUGAGAAGUGGAUUCAAGCCUUAGAGGGAACGAUUCUUCGUCACACCCUUCAGCAGGAGGCAGAAGCAGGAUUCGUUCCCAGCGUUCAAGACUUUGACAAAAAGCUAGCCGAAGCAGACGCAUAUUUGCAGAUUCUGAUCGAUCAAUUAAAACUUUUUGAUGAGAAGAUUAAAGACAGCAAGGAAGAUGAGUCACGCAGGAAAAUCGAGAACCUGAAGGAUACGACUUGUACUAUGAUAGAGUCCAUCAAACAUUGUAUCGUACUGCUGCAGAUUGCCAAGGAUCAAAGUAACGAACAGCAACACGCAAACGGACUGCUAAGCACCAUAAACCCAGUAGAUGGGGUAUACCAUCCCUCCCCGCUCAACUCCUCUGUAGUCACUUCCAGUGCCAUGCCAACACAGACCACCCUCCCCACAGAUGGAGCUCAGCUGUGUAAAAUGGACCAGAGGCCUUCUUCUUUACCCAUGGGCCCUGUUGUCACGGUGAUGGGCAGCCUUCAGACCCCUACUCCUACCAGUACAGGAAGUGGACCCUCAGCUCCCAGCAGCAGUGUGACGUCGCCCAGUCACAUGAACGUACCACCCCACACAGUUCCUGACUUCUCCUAUUCCAGCAGCGAAGACGAAUUUUAUGACGCAGAUGAGUUUUAUCAGACUAGCACCUCACCAAAACAUUGCAUAGAUCCGAACAGAACCGGUGCGGUGAAUAGUGAAGACAGUUCUGCCCUGAAACGGCCGGACACCAACGAAUCCAUCAACUCCUCAAUGUCUAAUGGCACCAAUGAUGCAGAUCAGUUUGACAGUCAGGAUGAGAGGGAUGAUGAUGGUGAGGGUGAAUCGGUGGAAGAACACAAAAGUGUCAUUAUGCAUCUGCUGUCUCAAGUGCGACUGGGCAUGGAUCUUACCAAGGUUGUCCUGCCGACAUUUAUUUUGGAGCGGAGGUCGCUACUGGAAAUGUAUGCAGACUUCUUCGCACACCCGGAAUUGUUUGUAAGUAUCGCUGACCAAGAAGAUCCAAGGGACCGCAUGGUGCAGGUGGUAAAAUGGUACCUCUCAGCCUUUCACGCUGGUCGGAAAGGAUCUGUGGCCAAAAAGCCCUACAACCCCAUUCUGGGUGAGGUGUUCUUUUGUCACUGGGACUUGCCGGAAGAUCCAGAAGAUCCUACUUCUUCUGAGUCUGUAUCAGAUGGGCCAGUGCCAUGGAGUAGCAAGAACAGUGUUUCAUUUGUGGCAGAGCAGGUUUCUCACCACCCACCCAUAUCAGCGUUUUAUGCUGAGUGUUUCAACAAAAAAAUCCAGUUCAAUGCUCACAUAUGGACAAAAUCAAAGUUCCUGGGAAUGUCAGUUGGUGUCCAUAAUAUCGGUCAAGGUUGUGUGUCUUGUCCUGAAUAUGAUGAGCACUAUAUUCUUACUUUUCCUAAUGGCUAUGGGAGGUCAAUCCUCACUGUUCCAUGGGUGGAGCUUGGUGGCGAGUGUAAUAUUUCCUGUUCAAAAUCUGGCUACAGUGCCAACAUAAUUUUCCACACCAAACCCUUCUAUGGAGGAAAGAAGCACAGGAUAACGGCUGAGAUAUUUGCCCCCAAUGAUAAGAAGUCAUUUUGCUCUGUUGAGGGCGAGUGGAAUGGAGUAAUGUAUGCAAAAUGGGCCACGGGGGAAAACACAGUAUUCAUUGAAACAAAGAAAAUGGGAAUUAUUAAGAAGAAGGUGAGGAAAUUGGAGGACCAGUUGGAGUAUGAAUCCCGAAGGUUGUGGAAGGACGUGACAAUUAACCUGAAACUGAAGGACAUUGAUGCUGCGACGGAAGCCAAACACAGGCUGGAGGAGAAACAGAGGGCGGAGGCCAGAGAGAGGAAGGAGAACGAAAUGCAAUGGGAGACGAGACUGUUUCACGAGGACGGCGAGUGCUGGGUCUACGAUGAGCCUCUUCUGAAACGACUAGCGUCACAGCGACACUGAACCCGUUUCCAAAACCACAGAGUCUAAGACAAGAACUCUUGCAAACCACUUUUCUUACUCAGCCUUGGAAUGACUGAUGAAUGAACAUUUACAAGCUUUGCAUUUUUGAAAUAUGAACAAUCGAAAAGAUGAACCUAAAUCUAUACAAAUAAAAGCUCCCUGCUCGCUAGUUCAACACUUCAACACCUCUCCACCAACCCACGGGAAAAGAAACACCACAAAGACACGUGAUCAGCUGACUUUAAACAUUUCACACAGAUCCCAGAGGACGCCACACCCGCUCCUGAGGGGAUGAGGUGUUUUGAUCGAACAAACUCUUGACAAUUACAGCGUUCAGCAUCUCAGGGAAGCAGUGGACUGAGGAUUGAAAGCUGUAUCUCCUGACCUGAUGUUCAAAAGGCCGUUAUGGUGAAGACAUAAAAUGAGAACUUGGUUCACAUAUUGCUAGCUACAGCUAUUUAUAUAGAAAAGAUAUGAUAUAUAUUCUUGUUUUCCUUUUUCAUCUUUGCGGCAAUAGUUGAUGUUUGCAAAAACAUACUUGAUGACAACCAUUCCUUUAUGUUUCACUUCAGUUGAUGGCAGAAUGUUCAUUUUAAAACCGCCCCUUUAAGAGGAUGCUGUUUUUGUGCUUGUUCAAAUGAUUUUUCAGAUUUAUUAGAUCGCCAUGGUUAAAAUCAAUCCAUUCCAAUGUCUUGAUUUUUUGUAUUUUCAGUAAUGAUUUGUUAUCAUGCUCUAAAGCCUCGGGGAGGCAGUUUUUUAUCGAUUGCUGCUUGAGCAUCCACGUAAUUUAUCAACUUACAUUAAAGUUGGACGGUCCAAUAAGAAAUUACAAUUGUGCACAAUGAACCAUUCAACAAAUACGUUCUUAUUCCAAUGAGGUUCAGCAACAUUAUCACAUAUUACCCUGCAAUCUCUCUGUGCAAUGUCACAUUUUAAUCCAAAUAAAUAUACAUUUCAAAUA